AGCAGGGAACCCCACCACAACACGCUGAGCUCACUCAGAACUCAGCACCUGUUGCUGUAUAUUACUCGGGAGCGGCUGAGCCAGACACGCGGCGGAAGGCAGGACGGCUGCGCUCAAGCCCUAGACUCCAGGGCGCCAUGGCGACGGACACCUGUGAGGUGUGGGAGACAGAGCUGGAGGACCCGGAGGCCAUGGAAGAACUGCCGCUGUUUGCAGAGCACGUCCCGGGGCUGUCGCUGGAGGACUUAGGACAAGAUGCCGAAGUGCCACAACGCGAAGAGGAGGCAGACAGAGCCCCGGAGAUGGAGCCGGAGGAGAGGGGCACACUGCACGUCAUCGAGCAGGAUCUAGAGGAGUUUGUGGAAAGCAUGACUGACACCCCCGGCGCCAUGGAAACGCACAUGCCCAGGGUAGAAGAGGAGGAGGAAACCAGCGCUGAUGUGCCAGAAGAAGCUCCCCAGAGCCUGCCGGUGACAAGGAAGGUCGAGUCCCGCGCCGCCGGGAAGGAAGCAGCCCUCUGGGCGGGGCUCUCACUCAACAAAUGCAUCCUCCUCGCCUCCGUUGUGGCUCUGCUGAGCCUGGGCUUCCAGGCGCUCCGAGACGCCAGCGACGUGGAGGCCGAGGGUCCCGACGCAGAACCCAGACUGUGGGCCUGGCCCCAGAGCAGCCUUCCCGAGCAGGGCGCCGGCGAGAGGGUAAGGAGAGGCGCGGUCGAGCAGGGGGAAUCUUGGAGGCAACUCUCCGAAAAGCAGCCACCAGGCUUUCACCGUGCCCAGGGCCCACCCUGCAGCCCUGACUCCCAGUCAGUCCAAUGAAAUCCAGGGCCGACCCACGAGAAGGGCUGCAGGGGGGAGCCAG